GUUGAAUUCAAUCGAAUCGAUCUGUCAUAACAAACUCAGUUGUUAUUCUAACCAAACAAUUAAUAGGUGCUGUAAUUUAGAGUGCAUAAGAAGAAAAGAAUAAACAUUAAAAAAAAUGACAAUUGUCCUUGGCGGUGGAAUAAGCGGUUUAUCGGCCGCAUACUAUUUACUCAAACAAUCGAAAGUAUCGCAUGCUCCGAAAUUGUUUGAAGCAAGUCACCGAUUUGGUGGAUGGAUUAAAACUGAUGUGUCAUCAAAUGAUCGGAGAGUUCGUUUUGAAUGCGGCCCAAGAACGAUUCGACCAAAAGGUGUCAAAGGAUUGAAUACGCUUCAAUUGUGUUCAGAGCUUGGUUUGAAUAACGACGUAUUGCCAAUUAAAUCAUCGCAUCCGGCGGCCAAAAAUCGAAUGUUGGUUGUCAAUAAUGAAUUGUGUAUGUUGCCAUCAACGUUGGCUGGUGCAUUUAAAACUCUUCCGCCAUUCACACGACCAUUAAUUUAUGGUUUUUAUCAUGAUUUCAGGCAUAAAUACACAGACAAGCCAUUAAUGGACGAUACCAUUUACAAUUUUACUGAACGUCGUUUUGGCAAGGAGAUUGCCGAUUACCUUAUAAGUUCCAUGAUUUGUGGCAUUUGUGCGGGCGAUGCAAAAGAGAUUAGUGUGAAAUUUUUACUCAAAGAUCUAUUCGAUUAUGAACAGAAACAUCAAAGUGUUUUAAUGGGAAUUUAUAACAAAAGUCUAGAGAGAAUAUUACAGAAAAAUGUCGCAACAUCGCCAACAAAUAGUGAACCAAUUCAAAAUUGUGAAUUGGUUAAACAAUCGAUUACACAAAAAUGGAGUAUUUAUUCAAUGAAUGAUGGUUUGGAGAAAUUGCCAAAAACAUUAUCGGACCAUUUAAAAUCAAACGGAGUGGAAUUGAAUACGAAUGCAAAAUGUGAAAAUAUUGAAUUUGGAACGAAUGGAGCAAAUGUCACGAUUAAUGGCAAGAGCUAUGAGACCGAUCAAUUGGUUAGCAGUUUGCCGGCUUUUGAACUUGGAAAAUUGGUGAAAAAACAACAUCCACAACUGGCUGAUGAGUUGCUUGCUAUUCCAUAUGUCGAUGUGGCCGUUAUAAAUUUACAAUAUUCCGGAAAUAAAAAUUUACUGAAAACACCGGCCUUCGGAUUUCUAGUUCCACCCGCACAGAAUUUACCAAUUUUGGGUGUACUCUUUGAUAGUUGCUGUUUUGAUAUGGGCGAAAAUACCGUAUUGACGGUUAUGAUGGGCGGUAAAUGGUUUCAUGAACGUUUUGGCAACGGCAAUGAACAGGAUUUGUACGAAAAAGCAAUUGAACAAAUUCAACGAAUUUUAAAAAUUGACCAACGUCCCGAUGCAUUCAAAGUGCACAUUUUGAGACAAUGUAUUCCACAAUAUAUUGUUGGACAUUUUGAUCGAAUUGAUCGAAUCAUGCGAUACAUUGAACAAAAUAAAUUACCAUUGAAAGUAUGCGGAACAGCUUAUGACGGUGUUGGUGUAAAUGAUGCAAUUUAUUCAGCCAAAAUGGCAAUCGAUUCAAUUAAAAAGUAAUCGUUUCUUUUUUUCAAUGUAUUGGAUAACAUUUUAAUAUAUAACAUACAUAUU